AAUCGGCAAUCUCAACACAAAAAAAAGAAGAAAAAAAGACUAGCUUAGCUAGAGAGAAAACCAGAGACCACUUUUCUUCAAAGCUUUCGAUUCAAUGGCGUCAAGAAGAUUCUUCAAUUCAAAACCCAAUUACAUCUUCCCAAGUGCAGAGAGCUUCGAUUCAGUCACAACGGGCUCCCAUUUUGAGUUCGAGGAGGCCGAUCUUUACAAUUUCAACGAAUCCUUACAAUUGGAAACCAAGAAAUCAAUACCCACCUCACGUUCCAAGAAAAACCUGAGAAAGAUCGAUAAGCAAGACCGAGCCCACACGGCGAUGUCUUCUUCAUUGCCGGUGAAAGUGCCGGACUGGUCAAAGAUUCUGAAGGAAGAUCGUUCUCGUAAUCAUCAAAACAGAGGUAGCUACGACGAGGAGGACAACAACAGUGAUCAAGAAGAUAGGAUCCCUCCUCAUGAGUACUUGGAGAGAGUCAGAGGAGCUUCACUUUCCGUUCAUGAAGGGAUUGGGAGAACGCUUAAAGGGAGAGACCUUUGUCGCGUAAGAAAUGCGAUUUGGCAGAAAACUGGGUUCGAAGAUUAGCCAAGAACAAUUGCAGAUUUCGAUAAAAAGAAUUGAUUUUUCGAGUUUUUUUUUCUUUUUUUCUUUUGUGGGUAGUUGACAUAUAGAUCAACCACUAAUUCUGUGUUGAUCUACUGAUUAACUCGAUCCUUUAUGUGUUUUUUUUUGAUGAUGUAAUUUAAUUAUCUACAGUCGGCUAAUUAGUUCUCUGGUUGUGAGCUUUUUUUUGUGUAAUCAGAGGAUGAGUUUUGGCCGGUAAUGAAUCCCAAAGACUCUGUUCUUUCUGUA